GGGAGGUGGGCGAGCGCGGGCGCCGCUCGUCUGUCGUGGUUUCCUGGCUGCGCGCGGCGGUGGCGGAGUAGGUGCCGCUGUAGCAGCAGCCGCGAAGAUGGCGGAGGGGUUGGAGCGUGUCAGGAUCUCCGCGUCGGAGCUGCGAGGGAUCCUGACCACUCUGGCUCCGCAGGCCGGGAGCAGAGAAAACCUGAAAGAAUUAAAGGAACCCAGGCAGCGUAAAGAUAAUAGGCGCCCAGAUCUGGAAAUCUAUAAGCCUGGUCUUUCUCGACUCAGGAACAAAUCUAAAGUCAAGGAACCCUCUGAGAGUGAGGAAUUUAAGGAUGGAAUUGUCAGUGACAGAGAUUCUUCAGCUGUCAGAAAUGGUACGCAGCUCGUUAAAGAUGCUUGUAAGGAACUGGACAAUCAACAGCAAAAUGGUCCUGUAGACCCAGAAAAUACUCGGGGACAGGAGUGCUUUCCUAGGACUGGUAGACAAGAAGAUCGAAGUCUAAGAAUUAUCAAGAGAACAAGGAAGCCUGACCUGCAGAUCUAUCAGCCUGGAUGGCGUUUACAUACUAUUACCAAAGAAUCGACUAGCCGGGUGGAUGAGGAAGAAAUCCUCAACCAGGUAGAAAAACUGAAAGUAGAGGAAGAUAAAUGUAGGGGGAAUGUUGUGAAAGAGGAGGUUGUGAAUAAAACAGACAAAUACGAGGCAGAAAAAAGCCCAAAUGGUGACAAAGUAAGGGCUACAAAGGGAGAAAAAGGAAAGAGGAUUGAAAGAGGGGAGGGGGUGAGGAAAGGGAAUGAUGACCUGGUACAGGGGAAGCCAGGUUCUGCAAAGCGCUACUCCCGCUCAGACAAGCGAAGGAACCGCUACCGCACUUGCAGUACCAGCUCUGCUGGUAGCAGCAACAGUGCUGAGGGAUCUGGCCUGCCUGAUAAUGGAUGUCGACGUCGGCGACAGGAUCGGGCCAAGGAGAGGCCACGACUGAAGAAGCAAAUAUCUGUGUCCUCAACUGACUCCUUGGAUGAGGAUAAAAUUGAUGAGCCUGAUGAAUUAGGGCCCAGGAGAAGCUCAGAAAGGAAGAAACAUUUAGAAAGAAGCUGGGCUGGCCGUGGGGAGGGUGAGCAGAAAAACAAUGGUAAAGAAAAUCGAGGCAGUCUUCGUGUCACCUUUGAUGCAGAAACCAUGAGCAAAGACUCCCCCAUUGUGAGGUCAGCAAGAGAGGAUGUGGAUAGAAUAAAGCCUGACAAGGCUCUGAGCAGUGGGGGCAAAGGCUCUGAGAAGCAGGAGUCCAAAAACCUGAAACAAGAACUUCGGGGUCGUGGCCGUGGCAUUCUGAUCCUACCUGCCCAUACCACCUUGUCUGUCAAUUCAGCAGGUUCUUCAGAGUCUACACCUUUGGGAUCUCGUCUUUUAUUUGGAUCCGGUAGUAAGGGAUCUCGGAGUUGGGGCCGUGGAGGCACCACCCGCCGAUUGUGGGACCCAAACAAUCCUGAUCAGAAACCUGCUCUAAAGAGCCAAACACCACAAUUACACUUCUUGGACACUGAUGAUGAAGUCAGCCCUACAUCUUGGGGUGACUCACGCCAGGCCCAAGCAUCUUACUAUAAGUUUCAAAAUUCUGACAACCCCUAUUAUUACCCCCGGACUCCAGGCCCUGCCUCCCAGUAUCCGUAUACAGGCUAUAGCCCUCUGCAGUACCCAGUGGGCCCUACAAAUGGUGUCUAUCCAGGGCCUUACUACCCAGGCUAUCCAACACCCUCAGGACAGUAUGUUUGUAGCCCUCUCCCUGCCAGUGCCAUGAGUCCUGAGGAGAUGGAGCAGCACAUGAGGAACAUGCAGCAACAGGAACUACAUAGGCUUCUCCGGGUGGCAGACAACCAGGAACUGCAGCUCAGCAAUCUGCUCUCCAGAGACCGCAUCAGUCCUGAGGGUCUAGAGAAGAUGGCUCAGCUCAGAGCUGAACUACUGCAGCUGUAUGAGCGCUGUAUCCUAUUAGAUAUUGAGUUCUCUGAUAAUCAGAAUGUGGAUCAGAUCCUGUGGAAGAAUGCUUUCUAUCAGGUGAUUGAAAAGUUCAGGCAGCUUCUCAAGGACCCAAAUGUUGAGAACCCAGAACAGAUUCGGAACAGACUUUUGGAGCUCUUGGAUGAGGGUAGUGACUUCUUUGAUAGUUUGCUUCAGAAGCUGCAGGUUACUUACAAGUUCAAACUGGAGGACUACAUGGACGGUCUGGCCAUUCGCAGCAAACCAUUACGCAAGACUGUAAAAUACGCUUUGAUCAGUGCACAGCGAUGUAUGAUUUGUCAAGGAGACAUUGCUAGGUAUCGAGAGCAAGCCAAUGACACAGCAAACUAUGGGAAAGCACGCAGUUGGUACCUGAAGGCCCAGCAUAUUGCUCCCAAGAACGGGCGCCCCUAUAACCAGUUGGCUCUGCUGGCAGUGUAUACGAGGAGGAAGCUUGAUGCUGUGUAUUUCUAUAUGCGCAGUUUAGCUGCCAGCAACCCUAUCCUGACUGCCAAGGAGAGUCUAAUGAGCUUGUUUGAAGAGACCAAACGAAAGGCAGAACAGAUGGAAAAGAAACAACAUGAGGAAUUAGAAUUGAGCCCUGAUCAGUGGCGGAAGGGAAAGAAGUCUACUUUCCAGCAUGUUGGAGAUGACACCACUCGCCUGGAGAUCUGGAUUCAUCCAUCCCAUCCCCAGUGCUCCCAAGGCACUGAGUCUGGGAAGGAUUCUGAGCAGGAGAAUGGGCUGGGCAGCCUGAGCCCCAGUGAUCUGAACAAAAGGUUCAUCCUCAGUUUUCUCCAUGCCCAUGGGAAGCUGUUUACCCGGAUUGGGAUGGAGACAUUCCCUGCCGUGACUGAGAAGGUCCUCCAGGAGUUCCAGGUUUUACUGCAGCACAGCCCCUCUCCUAUCGGAAGUACCCGCAUGCUGCAGCUUAUGACCAUCAACAUGUUUGCUGUGCACAACUCCCAGCUGAAAGACUGCUUCUCGGAGGAGUGCCGCUCUGUGAUCCAGGAGCAGGCUGCAGCCCUCGGCUUGGCCAUGUUUUCUCUGCUUGUGCAGCGCUGCACCUACUUACUUAAGGAGUCUGCCAAAGCUCAACUGUCCUCUCCUGAGGACGAGGAUGACCAAGAUGACAUCAAGGUGUCUUCCUUCGUCCCAGACCUGAAGGAACUGCUCCCCAGUGUGAAAGUCUGGUCAGACUGGAUGCUCGGCUACCCAGGCACCUGGAAUCCUCCACCCACAUCCCUGGAUCUACCCUCACGGAUUGCUGUUGAUGUGUGGUCAACGCUGGCUGAUUUCUGUAACAUACUGACUGCAGUGAAUCAGUCUGAGGUGCCACUGUACAAGGACCCGGACGACGACCUUACCCUUCUUAUCCUGGAAGAGGAUCGGCUUCUCUCGGGCUUUGUCCCCUUGCUGGCUGCCCCUCAGGACCCCUGCUACGUGGAGAAAACCUCGGAUAAGGUUAUUGCAGCUGACUGCAAAAGGGUCACAGUACUGAAGUAUUUUCUGGAAGCCCUUUGUGGACAAGAAGAGCCUCUGCUGGCAUUCAAGGGUGGAAAAUAUGUGUCAGUGGCACCCGUCCCAGACACCAUGGGAAAGGAAAUGGGAAGCCAAGAGGGAAAACAACUGGAAGAUGAGGAUGAGGACGUGGUGAUUGAAGACUUUGAGGAAGAUUCACAGGCUGAAGGCAGCGGGGGCGAGGAUGACAUCAGGGAACUUCGGGCCAAGAAGCUGGCUCUGGCCAGGAAGAUAGCUGAGCAGCAGCGUCGCCAGGAAAAGAUCCAGGCUGUCCUGGAGGACCAGAGUCAGAUGAGGCAGAUGGAGCUGGAAAUCAGACCCUUGUUCCUUGUACCAGACACCAACGGCUUCAUUGACCACCUGGCCAGUCUGGCCCAGCUGCUGGAGAGCAGGAAGUACAUCCUGGUGGUGCCUCUCAUUGUGAUCAAUGAGCUGGACGGCCUGGCCAAGGGACAGGAGACAGACCACCGGGCUGGAGGCUACGCCCGUGUGGUACAAGAAAAAGCCCGGAAGUCCAUCGAGUUCCUCGAGCGGCGUUUCGAGAGUCGGGACUCUUGCCUGCGCGCCCUGACCAGCCGUGGCAAUGAACUCGAGUCUAUCGCCUUCCGCAGUGAAGAUAUCACUGGCCAGCUGGGUAACAACGAUGACCUGAUCCUCUCCUGCUGCCUCCACUACUGCAAAGACAAGGCUAAGGACUUCAUGCCUACCAACAAAGAGGAGCCAAUUCGGCUACUGCGGGAGGUGGUACUGUUGACGGAUGACCGGAACCUGCGUGUGAAGGCUCUGACGAGAAAUGUGCCUGUGCGGGACAUCCCUGCCUUCCUCACAUGGGCCCAGGUGGGCUGAGGGGGCCACACCGGGGCCUGCCCCCACGGAACCGUUCCUGAGAGGCCACCAGAUGCCCAGUGUACCACGGAAGGUGCCCACGUGCCUGAGCCACCAAUCCACCCAGACAAUAAACCAUCCUCUUCCAACCCACACAGUGGCCGUACUGGGGGGGAGCCGCUCAUCACAGAGCCCCUCCCAAGGGUCAGGCAGAAGCUGCUGGGACCCUCCUGGGCUGCCAGGAUUUAGCAGGGAGGAAGCUGGCUGCAGUGACAGGAGGUAGGCAAGCCAGGUGGGCUGCCCUGCUCUUAGCCUUUCUGCCUCCCCCCGUCUGAUUCCAGGGCUGGAGGGAAGGCCUUCUUGCCCCAGGGACUCAGCCACUUUCUCAGGUGGAGAGGGGACAGGGAGGUUAGAGUUUCCAUCAGAUGCAGGUGAAAUCAGGGGUCCUUGUAGUCUUCUCCAGAACCCCUACUCUGGACCUGUGUCCAGCAGGCUUUGGUUGUCCCUGAAGCGUGUGCUCAGGGUGUCUCGCUAUCUCCCUGGGACCCAGAUUCCCCCAUGACCCUCACUGGGUUCUGGGCUCCAUGUCCCUCACAGCAGCGUUAGGUCCCCAACCCCCACAGCAUGCACCCCCCCCCCCAUCCUGCUGCUCUUCUUCCUGUCCUUAUCAAUCUGAGUCCAUUGCACUUUGCCACUUAGUUUCCCCCUGGAUGGUCAUGGGUCUAGAGGGAAGGAACAUCUGGUCUCAGGCCCAUGCUUCCUGGGUGGUCUUUAUCUGCAUCUUCUCCAUCAUUGGCCUUCCUUUUGUUCUAAUUCUCUUCACUUUCCUCAGAUUCUUCUCAGUUCUCCCACCCUAAAUCAUUCCCUCACCCCUUCCUUCCCUUUCUCAUUGAUACCUUUCACCUCCCUGGUCCCCUCAAUUUCCUUGCCUCAGUUUCUGUUUCCAAAGGUUCUCACUCUGAAUUGUCCUCCUACAGUUCCUGUGACAGGAAAUUAAUAAACCUUUUCUCCCCCAGGCCUUCCUCCCCAGACCCUUGUGCUCUGAGAAACUUCCACACUUGCGCAGCCCAGCCUAAGGGCAGGGUAUGCCAGUGUCUGGAAGGAAUAUUGCCUUAGCCUCGAGUUUUCUCCUUGUUUCUAGCUUUGCUCUCAGUAUCCCAGAAGAAUUGACACAGAGGCCAUUUGGCCUUUGAGUUUGUUGUUGUCCCUUUAUCCGGCACCCAUAUUCCAAGCCUCUCUCAGGAGGCUUCCUACUGGUAGAGUUCUCCAAAUCCAGGAGCAAGGCUGAGGGGUACUUAGGGGAAGAGAGGGUUUCAGGGAGGAGCCAGGAAUACAUUUUGAUAGGACCUUUGGGUGCAUCUCCCCAGAGCCCACUGUCUGACUGUACAGCCUACCCAGAGGAUAGGAGUAAGGCUGUGUCCUCUGAAAAGCCCAAGAUUAUGCCAGAAGGAGGGGGGACUGUGCAGGAGAGCCAAGGCCAACGGUUUGGAGGUAAAAGUCCCCCAGGGCCUCAGAAGACUGGGUUCUUCAGGGUACAGGGAGCUCCCUGCCUCUCCUUUGAGAGCCCCUCCCCUGGAUGAAGGUCGAUGACUGGGUGGGUGAGGGACCCGUCUCCUUUCUGUUGGUUUGCAGCACUGGUUUUGUUUCCUUAAUAAAUUUUUAGUUAUGAAAAUAUA